CAAGAAGACAGUCAAACAGGCCCUGGAAUUAGGUCGAACCAGGGUGAUGAUACGUUGAAGGUCAGACGAACGCAGAAUAUUGGUAGAUUGAACCCUCUGGGGGAUUGAGAUUGUUAAUCAAUAAAGCUAUUUUUGUGCCCGUGCAAGAUGAAUGCUGUGUUUGUGGUUACGACUGCGUUGCCACUUCGAUGAAACACCAGUUUAGCAUCAGGCGAAGAGUGGAAUCAAUCUUGAAUCAAUCUUUCCCUUCAGAUUCAGAUUGUUGUGAGAGCCUCCCCCUUGAGAGUUGAAGUUUGAUCUGUAAUUAUAAAGACCCAGAUGGCCCAAAAUCAAAGGCCCACAAGCAUUCUUGAAUCUCUUGGGGAAGAGAUUGUUAGAAUUGUCGCCCCAGUUUCAAUCUGCAUGUUCAUGGUGGUUAUUCUAGUCUCUAUUCUCAACUCCAGCUCCUCGUCUUCUGCUGCAACAGUUAGCUCCAUCGCUACCAUUGCAUAUAAUGAAAGCAGCUCCGAUUCCUUGUGGGACAAAUUUACAGGUGCUCUUUUAAACUCCCUGGUGUUUGUGGCUAUCAUAACUGUGGCUACAUUCGUCAUGGUGUUACUUUUCUACCUUAGAUGCGUCAAGUUCUUGAAAUAUUAUAUGGGUUUCUCGGCUUUUAUCGUUUUGGGUUUUCUUGGAGGUGAAAUUGCAUUGUUCUUGAUUGAAGAUUUCGAUGUUCCUGUUGAUUGUUUCUCUUUUUUGGUUGUUCUCUUCAAUUUUUCUGCUGUGGGUGUCUUGGCUGUGUUCAUGUCAAAAAUGCCCAUCCUUGUAACACAAGGGUACUUGGUUUUGAUUGGGAUGCUGGUGGCUUAUUGGUUUACUUUGUUACCCGAAUGGACUACUUGGGCUCUUUUAGUUGCACUGGCUCUCUAUGAUCUUGCAGCAGUUUUGCUUCCUGUUGGACCUUUGAGGCUGUUAGUUGAGCUUGCUAUAUCUAGGGAUGAAGAUAUCCCAGCUUUGGUUUAUGAGGCUCGGCCAGUGGUUUAUCAUGAAUCAAGUCCUAGGGAUGCAGUGCAAACAAGGAUGAGGGUAUGGAGGGAAAGAAAUGAAAUUUCGGGCAAUCUCCCUGCGGUUCUCGAUUCUGUUUCCGAGGGCAAUGUGAUUUCUGAAUCAAGUGUAGAUGAGAUUGAAACAUCCGAUUCAAAUCCUAAUAGUGAAUCAAGUGUUGUUAGAGCUGAAGAGGGCCAGGUUCUCAUAAGGAACAGUGAGCUUCUUGUUCCAUUAAUUGACAUUGGAGGGAAUGUUCAGCCACAUGGAGAAGAAGUUUCUGCAUCAAAUGAAAAUUUAAUGUUAGAGGGAAUUGGGUUGGGAUCCUCUGGUGCUAUCAAGUUGGGGCUAGGGGACUUCAUUUUCUAUAGCGUAUUGGUCGGCAGGGCAGCGAUGUAUGAUUACAUGACGGUUUAUGCGUGCUAUCUUGCGAUUGUAGCUGGUCUUGGAAUCACUUUGAUGCUAUUGGCAAUAUAUCAGAAAGCUUUGCCUGCUCUCCCAGUGUCGAUAGCACUAGGCAUCAUGUUUUACUUCCUAACGCGGCUCUUCCUCGAGGUUUUUGUUGUACAAUGUUCUUUGAACCUUUUGAUGUUCUAGAUAUGUCUGCUUUUCUAAUAGUAUAUAUCAUAAGAACGGUUGUCGAUAACAUUAGGCAUCAUGCUUUCCUUCCUAACGCGGCUCUUCCUUGAUGAUUUUGUU